GGUCAUGAGCCUUUUCUUUUCCUGAGUCACGUUUCUCAUGAAGCAGGACAGUAGCGCGCCGCCAGUAGUCUUGUGGCUUGGGUAGUAGGAGGAUGAAUAACGCCUAUAUGCUAUAGCAGACGAGCAGGUAAUGUCUGCUCGUAUAUAGAGGGAACAAUGGUGAAGCACUUCAUUUGCUUUAGUGUUUUGAAGAGCUCGUGGGACCAAGUCUUCAUCGCAUUCUGGCAGAGAUAUCCUAACCCUUACAGCAACCAUGUCCUAACAGAGGACAUAAUUUUCCGGGAGGUGACUCCGGACAACCGCCUUAUUUCAAGGCGUCUGCUGACCAAGACGAGCCGCGUCCCCCGCUGGGCUGAGAAGUACCUGCCUGCUCACAUGUCCUGCUCGGCCUACAUUAUUGAGGACUCCAUCGUGGAGCCCAGGUCCCAGACCAUGACCACUGUCACCUGGAACAUCAGCCAUGCUCGCGUAAUGUCUGUACAGGAGAGAUGUGUGUACAGAGUGAACCUAGAGAACAGCAGCUGGACAGAGAUAAAGCGGGAGGCGUGGAUCUCGUCCAGCUUGUACGGUCUCUCCAGAGCCGUCCAGGAGUUUGGCCUUGCGAGGUUUAAAAGCAGCGUUACAAAGACCGUGAAAGGAUUUGAAUAUGUCUUGGCAAAAAUGCAAGGUGAGACCCCCAACCGGACCCUGGCGGACACGGCCAAAGAGGCAAAGGAAAAGGCCAGAGAGACGGCAUUGGCUGCCACAGAGAAAGCGAAAGACCUGGCGUCAAAGGCUCAGAAGAAGCAGUACGUGUGACAUGCAGGGCGGAACGCCAGCUCUGCUUCCAAACAGGGUGACUGCGACGUCAGGGCCCUCCCAGCACCACCCUGUCCCCGUCCAUUCCUCGUGUGGUUCAAACCCCCCUGUUCUCAUACAGGAUAGAGACUUAGAACUCCUGCUUAGAAUAAUACGUCUUCCUGUCUUGAACUGUUAGGACAAGAAUUGCGAUUUAUUUGCCUGGUUUUACCAAAACAUUUUUUUGUCUCCUACUAUUAUUCCUUCGCUUGAGUUCCUGAGUAUUACUUGAAGUAAACCUCUGCACAGAUCAAAUCAGUGAACUAGGCUUGAUGUAUGCAAGUAUUUCACAACCUUUGGUACUUACCACAGAAUUCCUUCAUUGCUUCAAAUUGAAGUUAAAUUAAGCUUGGUUCAUGUUAUUAGCGGUCAUGGCCUGUGGGAUACAUUUCACAUGUACUGAACCAAGCAAUGGGAAGCGAUAUCAGCAUAUAAAGGUUAUUGUGAUAAAACAUUUAGCUCACCAACAACACAUAGGGCGCGUAAAUUUCUUUUGAGAUGGUUCAAAUAUGGCAGAGGAUUCCAUGAAAUUUUCAUCUCAUUAAAUACCAGUUUGUAAGGAGUAAAGCUUUCAAAGUACCAAAAAUAAAGUGGGCAGUAACAUUAAUUCGAAAAACAUCAAUAAACGAUUCUUAUAAGGUC